GACUUUGCCGGUCCUAUUUUGCGGGUUGUCAAACCUUGACUUUUACAAAAUGUUUGUGCCGUCGAAACUGUCCCGAGGCCACAAGAUGGCGCGGAGACUCCUGAGGCCUGCUAGGGCGUACUCGCAGGAGACCGACGAUUUCUUCAAGUUCUACAGUGACGAAGGGCCGAACACCGAGCACCGGCCUCUGACAGAGGCCGAUUACAACCGCUUCAUCAGCCACAGGGCUGCUAGGAGGGAACCUGCGCUGACCAGGCUAAUCACGACCCUGGCGUACGGCGUCGGACGUCAGAUGAUCUCUCUCGCCGAGGGCAUGCCUAAUGAAGAGGUGUUCCCCUUCACCAGACUCGAGCUGGGAUCUACUGCAGGACCGUUGCAUAUGGAGGGGAAAGAAUUAGCCACUGCGUUGCAGUAUGUCCCGUCACAAGGUCUCCCAGCUCUCCUCAGCGAGCUCCGCGCCUUCCAGCAGGACCUGCACCGCCCCCCGUCCCUCCCCCGUGACGUGCUGGUCACCAACGGAGCCCAGCACGGCAUCUACCAGGCCAUCGACAUGCUGUUGGAUGAAGGAGACCCUAUACUUUUGGCUGAGUAUGCCUACACUGGAGUCCAUACUGCUCUCAGGCCAUACCGACCGGAGAUCAUUACCAUCCCCGAAGACGUUCAUGGUAUAGUCCCCGACACCCUCGAAGCAAUCUUGGCCGAGCGACUGGCCCGUGGGCUCUCCAUGCCGCGGCUUCUCUACCUGGUGCCCAAUGGCAACAAUCCGACUGGAGCCACGUUGCCUGCGAAUCGCCGGCGACUGAUCUACGACCUCGCCUGCAGAUUCGACUUCCUCAUUCUGGAGGACGAUCCGUAUAUGUUCCUAAAUUAUGAUGAUGAGCAACACCCAUCGUUCCUGUCACUAGACACAGCAGGACGGGUGGUGCGUCUCGACUCAUUGUCGAAGGUCGUCAGCUCAGGGUUGCGUGGAGGCUGGAUGACGGCCCCGAGACCGCUGCUGGAGCGGGCCGAGUUACACAUGCAAGGGGAGAUCCUACACAGCUGCACGCUUGCACAGUGCCUGGUGCACCGCGUUAUAUCAAAUCGCCCGUGGUUGGCCGACCACCUGCAGCGCGCGCGCGCCCUCUAUCGGCGGCGGCGCGACGCGUUGCUGGAAGCUAUCGGUCCGCUUGAGCCCCUCGCUGAAUGGCAGACGCCGCCAGGUGGCUUGUUCUUGUGGUUGCGAGUGAGGGGAGUGGAUGAUGUUUAUAAUAUGGUAUUCGAAACUGCUUUCAAACGUGGCUUAAUGCUGAUCCCAGGCCAAGCCUUCCAAUACGACAGCACCAUCCCUUCACAGCACUUGCGAUUGACCUUCAGCAAAAUAGCCGUCAAAGACAUGCCUGUCGCCGCGCGCCAUCUAGCGGACAUCAUCAGAGAAGAGCAGCAGCGCAGUUUGCAGAAACAACCGCAGAGGAUCGCUACUCAACGCUAGAGGGCGAUAAUAUUAAAAUAGGUUAAAUUAUUUAAUGCUUGUGAAUGCUGAUGG